AUGGCUGACGCUGAGGACUCGAACCCAGUCCUCAGACAUGCGCGCGGCCAAGGCGUUGACAGAGUCGGCGCGAAAGUGAUCGAUAAGACAAACAAGUUCCAGGAGAAUCAUUCGAAGCCGCAGAAGUCGAACACCAACGAGUCCAAGAAAGGGCCACCGGGCGGCUUCGAUAGCACACCUAUACAAAGUGCACCGCCUGGCUACAGGAUAAAGAUCACGUUCCAUCGCGCCGAGAACCUUCCAUUCGCCGACUUUGCUGGCAUGACCGCAGACCCUUACAUUGUUGGCGUACUUAAGACCAGCCUUCCAAAACGACACAAGCAAGAUCCAGAUCUGACGAUAAGAACACCCACGAUACACAAGAAUACAAACCCAGAAUGGAAUACAGAAUGGAUAAUCGAGAAUGUGCCUGCAAGUGGAUUUUAUCUGAAGUGCCGCAUAUAUGACGAGGAUCCCGCAGACCACGAUGAUCGCCUGGGCAACGUGCAUGUCAACGUUUCCGGCAUCAGCGAAUCCUGGAAAGGGUUCCGUGAGCAGAAGUAUGACCUAAAGAAGCGCGUCGGAAGCAAGCGCGCAUACACAUUCCGCGGAUGCGCCGCUCUCUUCUCCAAGAGUGUCAAGUUCGGUGGCAACUUGACUGUGUCAGUCGAGAAUCUGGGACGCUCGCCAACAGAAGACGGUGGCCGAGCAUACACACUUGGCCCUCUAGCAUGGAGCCGGCAUUUUUCACCACUCAUCGGGCGGUUGACAGGCACCAAAGAUCGAGCCGAGGAGAAGGAUGGCAAGCCUGGCGUCAGCAAGUACAACUUCCAAGCUGUGCAGGUUCAACUUGCCGGACCAGUACCUGCUGAGCUGUACCACCGCUAUGUCGAGUUCAAACCAUUCGUAGCCGGCAUGUUCACCGACAAGUCCCUUCGCGGCCGAAUACUUAAUCGUGCCCUUCACCAUCAGCACGCCCGAAUCUACAACUUCGACAAAUCGACCCAGUAUGGCCAUUUUGACAAGCCUAACAUCGAAAUGACGAAGAGAUUCCUCGAGUACCUACAGUACGACCACGGCGGUCGGAUCUUUACGUACGUUCUGACCCUCGACGGCCAGUUCCGCUUCACCGAAACCGGCAAGGAAUUUGGCAUUGACCUCCUGUCCAAGCACACCAUGCACAGCGACGUCAGCAUCUACAUCGCCUUCUCAGGCGAGUUCUUCAUCCGCCGCCUCAAGCACGCCCACCACCAUCACCAGCGUGGCGACUCAGACGGCGCAAAUUCGCAAGAAAGCGACAAUGAAGUCCGCCCGCCGGAGAAAGACGACGUCGAGAGCAACCGGUCCAAAGACGAGAACGCAAAGCUCCAAGACCCCAAAUACUACGAGCUGAUCAUCGACAACGACUCCGGCACCUAUCGACCCAACGCAAAACUCCUCCCGCAACUUCGCGAUUUCUUUGCCUCGAAUUACCCGGGUCUGAAAGUGAUGACGCUGGACUGCAAGGAAGACGAAGAGAAGAUGAACAAGCUCAAGGACGAGCAGCGGGAAGCGAAAAAGAAGAGCGGUAACCAGAUCACGUACAUGCAGAACAACAGUAUGAGUUCGCUGAGCAGCUCGGAUGAGGAGCAGCUGAAUGAGCGGGCUGAGGGAAGGGAGCAUGAGCAUAAGUACAAGCAGAAGUAUCAUGCGUAUCUUGAUGGUGGCGAAGACUUGCAUCAUGAUGAUGGGGGCAUCACGAAGCCGGAGCCGAGUGAUUUGUCUGGCUCGACCCAGCCGGCUGGACAGCAGGAUCGGACCGCUGAGAACGAUCGGGCAUCUGCGAGCAACGAGAAGAGCGCAGCAGAUCUGCCCAGCGUUGAGCCUGGUCGAGUGGAGAGCAGCACCUGCGCUUCAAUCAGACGGUGGGCAAGCAUGAGCAGCAGCAGGCUAAGGACGCGGGCCGGGCGAUGA